AUGGCGGACACGGUCAACCCGCAGUUCGGCGCGGAGCUCAAGGUCUCCGUCGGCAUAAACUGGCUAGAUGAGAUACAGCAGUUCUACCGCGACCGCAGCGUGAUCGAAAAGGAGUACGCAGCGAAAAUAACCGCUCUCUGUCGCAAAUAUCAUGAUCGCAAGUCGAAGAAGUCCAGCACCCUCAGCGUCGGAGAUACCCCCGUCAUGACCCCCGGAUCGCUUGAGUCAGCUUCCCUGACGACCUGGACUACACAACUAACAGCCCUGGAGGCAGAGGCCUCAGCCCGAGACAAGUUUGGUGCCGAUCUGGUCUUUCGGAUAGCGGAGCCGUUGAAGCAGACUGCAGGGAGGUUGGAGGAGUUGCGCAAGAACCACUCGGAGUAUGCGACAAAGCUGGAAAAGGAACGGGAUGCGUCCUACGGUGACUUGAAGAAGAGUAAAGGGAAAUACGACGGAGUCUGUCAGGAGGUCGAGAAUAAGAGGAAGAAGGUAGAGGGCUCGUUUGACCAUGGAAAGCAGAAGGCUCAGCUUUCAUAUCAAAAUCAGAUUGCGGAGAUGAAUAAUGUCAAGAAUACGUAUCUAAUUGCUAUAAACGUCACGAAUAAACUAAAAGAGAAAUAUUAUCAUGAAUAUGUACCAGAAUUGCUUAAUGGCCUACAGGACCUGAAUGAAACCAGGGUGGGCAAGCUGAAUGCCAUUUGGACACUGGCCGCAGAGCUGGAGAAGGCUACACUAGCCCAGGGCCAGGAACAGGUUUCACACAUCCUGACCGAGAUCCCACGCAACGAACCUCGACUAGACUCAAUGAUGUUUAUGCGCCACAACACUGCUCACUGGCAGGAGCCGCUAGACAUGCAGUUCGAGCCCAGUCCCGUAUGGCACGACGAGCCCACCAUGGUCAUUGAUGAGCCAGCCAAGGUGUUCCUACGCAACUUGCAGAGCAAGAGCAAGAGCCAGAUGAAGGAGCUGAAGGCCGAAGCAGACAAGAAGAGACGGGAAGUGGAGAAUGCAAAGAAGGUCCGACAGAGCAUCCGCGAUGGUACCGAUAAGCGUGACGAGGUCGAGGUCGUGCGGGCCGUAUUUGCCCUGCAAGAGGACCUCCAUCUGCUCGACCGGAAACGGCUGACUGGCGAGAUCGAAGUAUCAACCGUCUCCUCCGUAGUAGGUGACCUUUCGCUGGGAGCAAAGAACCAUAACUUCCGGGCACAGACAUUCAAAAUUCCUACCAACUGUGACCUGUGCGGUGAGAGGAUAUGGGGUCUCUCAGCCAAGGGGUUCGACUGUCGAGAUUGUGGCUAUACGUGCCAUAACAAAUGCGAGAUGAAGGUGCCCGCCGAGUGUCCCGGCGAACAGACCAAGGAAGAGCGGAAGAAGCUGAAGAUUGAGAGACAGGAGCAGGCCAAUGCGGCUCCAGCAGCACUGCCGGACAUCAGUCCACGCGUUUCGACGCCUAGCACGGCUGAACUUCCAGCCUUGUCGAGACGGGAUACCAUGAACUCGUUGAGUUCUGGAUACUCGUCCAAUGCGAUUAACAAAUCUACUUCCGCGCUGUCUAUCAGCCAACCUGCCAAUGGCGGGACAACUUCAACAUCACCGGCUAUAGCUGAGCUACCAGAUACGAGUGGCACUACCCCUACUGCUGCUGCCCCUGCUGCCACAAAGAAGCCGGCCGUAGCUGCUCCGAGGAAGAACCGGAUACUGGCUCCUCCUCCGGCGCAGUACGUGAGUGCACCCCCUGCACCGUCGGCCAACGACUCCAAGGGAAGCUCUGCCGAGCCUGGCGGGAAGAUGAUGUAUGCCUACCAGGCCAAUGGGGAGGAUGAGAUAACAGUAGACGAGGGGCAAGAGGUCGUCGUCGUCGAAUCAGACGACGGCUCUGGCUGGAUGCGGGUGCGAGCCAACGGACAAACGGGUCUAGUCCCAGCCUCCUACGUCGAACUAUCACCAACACCUGCAGCAUCACCCAACCCCAACGGCAGCAGCAGCACUGCCCAUGACAACGGCAACGGUCGCCCUGAGUCAACAUACUCCACCUCUAGCGCUUCACUUGCGAGCGGCACUAACCCAGCAGCAGCCGGUAAACGACGCGGUCCUGCCGUGGCCCCCAAACGAGGAGCAAAGAAGCUGCAGUACGUAGUAGCCAUGUAUGACUACGAGGCGCGCACCGAUGCCGAAUGGAGUAUGUCUGAAGGUGACCGGUUCGUGCUGGUCAAUCGAGACAGCGGCAACGGCUGGGCGGACGUCGAGAAGGGAGGCCUGACCAAGUGUGUGCCAGCUAAUUACAUCGAAGAUGCAUGA